AUGGACCGAGCCCUGGCGCCAUUGGCGGUGGGAGCCACCUUGGGCACGUGGGCGUGGUGGAGGGAGUCCGUCAUCCCAGCAAUAGACGGCAGCCUCGGUAGGCUGGUGGCACACGUUGGGUUUGAUUUGUUGGCUUCCUCUCCUACAAAGACAGGUCCUCAGAUCCUCGAAGGUUUCUUGCAUAUCAGUGCGGUAUUCUUGUUGUUGCACUUUUGGACUGAGAUCUUGGAGGUGUGUCGACUGUUGCUUCGUUGCAUCGUUCUCAUUGGUCGAGGUUUUUCUCUUUUGCUGGAGGUAGGUUCAGAGUGUUUACAGUUGUGGGCGCUUUGGGCUGGUCGUUGCAUUGAGAGGGCCUUGCACCUCGCAGAACAGGAAGCAGUCUUUACCUCCGAGGGCAUGGCCUUAGCUGCAGGUCCACCUAUUCCAGUUGGUUCAGUCAUCCUAGUGAGUCGGCCACCGGAAUGGGACGAGGUGAUGAUAGGAGCAUUCACAGACAACUACAAUCAUGCAGUGUGCAAGACAACAAACAGCAUUGGGGACGCAUGGAUUUGGGUCUUGGUGCGAGUGGAUGGGCUUCAUCUACGACUCCCCACCAAUGGGGUUCAUGGGGAGAGACGGGCACCAGCUGGUAUUCCGGAUGGGGACAUCAACUGGGUGUGCACUCCCCCUGCAGGGGCCAAUCAGUGGAGGCCAGGAGUUGCCGAGAUCCCGAACAUCUGCGCCGAGGCUGGUUUGAUCCUGGCCCAAUACAUUGCGACGGGCAGUACAUGGCCAGCCAACAUCCCUGGAGUCAGUGGGCCUUUGGUGGAGAUCACGGGGGUUGGUGCUGGCCCUCCUGGUCCAGCAGCCGCCGCCGCAGGGGCUUUGGGACCUGCCGCACCCGCGGCAGCAGGGCUGGCAGUUGGUGGCGACAGUCCGUCAGGAGUUCAGUCAGCAGAUCUGCAUGCUCUGGAGGCAGCCGUCAGGGACCUACAACGUCUUGCAGUGAGCCCAGGCGGACGAUCCAAUGACAAAUCCGUUUCCUACACCGACCUGACCCACGUGGAUGCCCUCAAACUCAAGCGCAAGGGCGAUUUGCUGGCGUUUGCCAGCAAGCAUCCGGGGGCAUUGACAGCUCAUUUUUUGGCAGGGGUUUAUUCCCGGUUGAGCAAGGGAUCCCUGACCAGAACAGGCCAGCUGAGAGAUGUGGGCGUGACAUCGUGGGCUCACCAGUUCUCGGGACUCACCGAGAUUCGAGAUCUCAAGGAGGUUGUCACUCUAGCAGAAGUGCUAGACUCCAUCAACCGGAAGGAGAUAGCGCGAGCCUUAGACAUCAUUUGUCAGCGCAUCAUCGCCAUCCAGUCGGCGAAGCAGAAAGGAGGGUCUUGGGAGAAAGCGGAAGCGGUCGAACUCAUCGACACCCGGAAGUCGCUGGCCAGCUCGGGUGCAUUAGGGGAGUUGGCAAAGGCAGGCUUGAGCGGUGGAGGCAACUUGAUUCUUCUGGCCCUGAACUGGCUGCGCGGGGGUCGUUGUGAGCUUUUGACAAGUCUUGUGACGGCUGCCCAUAGGCGCAUCUUCACUCGCGUGGGGAAGGCGCUUGAGGCUCUGGUGAUGACAGAUGAGCCUGUGAUGGGGCCAGAGGGGCUCGAUCAUUAUAUGAGGCAAACUCAGCUCUACACUGGGUCCGGUGUGGUGCUGGCUUUGGGCGUGAAGGGUGGGGUUCCUGACAAGGCUGCCGAUGUACCAUUGGGACAGCGUUUACAGGCGCUUUUUCCAGUGAUGGCUGAGCAGGUGUCUUCACCAUCGCACCUGCUGCUGCCGCCAGCGAGACGUCCCAGGAGAGUCAAACGGGGCUUCACCUGGGUGGCACCCUCAUAUCCAGAGCUCGUGAAGAAGAAUGUGAAGGGGCUCACCGAUGUAGUCGCGAACGAUGCACACCUCCCUGAAGACCGGAGAUUACAUCCUGACCUCAUCAUCCCUGGAGAGUUGCCCAUAUGGGGAUCCAUCAUAGACGACAUUUGGGGGCUUGACCAUUUGGAAGAUGAGAAUGCCGCAGGUGUGGGUCCAGAGUGGCUCAACCGUGCGGAGGAUGUUUGGUGCCUCAGAGGAGUUGAGCCGAAUUCGAAGAAGACCGUCAACCAAGCUCUGGGAGAAGAAGUGCAAGGCUACUAUAUCCACCCCUCUGCCCAUUGGGUUGGUCUAUCCAUGGAGAAGAGGCGUUACUUGUUUCAGGCAACGUUCAUGGCUCUCAUGAGACCCAAGGUGGUGGUGGGGGUGGCAGAUAGACUCAUUGGCAAGCACAGCUUCCUACGUGCCGGCCGGCGCCGGGAGCUGGUGUCGUGGCCGGACGAGGUUUGGAUAGAGCUUUGCAUCUCCACUCUUCUCAUUCCAUUUGCCCACUUUGACAUGUCGAGCGAUUGGAGCAAGCGGGUGGAGUGCACAGACGCCUCCAUGACAGGUCUGGGGCGGGCCUACGGCAUUGCGCCAACAGCGGUGGUGCAGGCAAUGGCACGCUUCAGCGAUCACAGUAAAGUUUACACCAACUUAACAUUGCCUUGGAGCAUUGGUUUGACAGAAGAGCACAAGUGUCACAUGAGAAAAAUCAGAUUGCCAAAGGAGCGCAUUCGAUGGCGGUACAUUGGCACACCAUGGACGUGUCAGCACAUCACGUUGGGUGAGGCCGAUGCCAUUGCAUGGGCGGCUGAGGACAGACUGCGGAGGCCGGGCGAUGACGGAGGAUUUGGAUCACCACCAUGCAGCACAAUCUCGGCGGCUCGUCACGUUGCGACGCAGGGCAGACAGACCCGUGGACCGCGACCUUUGCGGGCUCGACAAAACCCCUGGGUAGCAUUGCCGUAUUGCACUUCUAAGGAGAGCAUGUCAGUUGAUAUCGGCACAGCUUUGUUUCUCAUUACACUGGGACUACUAGGUGAAAUUUGUCUGAGGGGUGGCUGGAUAGGCUUGGAGCAUCCCGCCGAUCGGAAGCGAGAGCCGUAUCCGUCGUUCUUCGCCACCCCGGAGGUCAGUCAGUUCACGCACUUCUUCAGACUGUUUUACACAGAGCUAGAUCAGUGUAUGUAUGGGGCAAUCUCUAAGAAGCCCACGGGCCUGCUUCAGCAACGCGGUUGUCCGUCGUUGAGCAUGCAUUGCACUCACUCAGUUCCACAUGCACAGCUGCUUGGGCUUGAUUCGAGGGGUCACUUUCGUACAACACCAGCUGCGCAAUAUCCUAGCGGUUUGUGUUUUGCACUUGCUAGCUCAUUUGUGGAGCGUUUGGUGCCAGCGCAUGUCAACCACUACCUAAAGCCUUUUGCACCACGUGUUUCAAAGGAGUUUUUUCCCGACCCAUGGGGCAUGUCCUGCAAUGGAAGCUAUAGGUGGGUUGAACCGUGUCCAGCUUUUCUUGCUGGGGUCCUUGAGAGAAUCCACAGUGCAGAAAUACACCCUCGCACUGGGUCACCUCAACAAUGA